AUGAGGAAGAACAGUAAGGUAACUCAUUUGAUUUGCCUGCUCGGCGGCUUCCCACUUUACGAAGCCUUCUCGAAUAGAAAGUCAAUUUGUGGUUUGCACAACGAUAAUGGUACCCCUGCGCAGUUAGAAAAAAGCAAAGUGGUCCAUUUGGAAGGUACAAGCAUAAAUAGGAAAAGAGAACCGUGGGGGAUUAAAACACUGUUGCCUCAUAAAAACACGGCCAUAGCUUCGAAUGAAGGGAAAACAAAAAGUGAGUUAAGUGAGUUAAGAGAAAAUGUAAAGGGAGUGAACAAAAUAAGUGGUGAAAAAAAUUCUCGGAAGGAAUGGGAACCCCUGUGGAGAUACAACUGCCAUGGGAGCGUCCAACUGGUCGAAUGUGAAAGGAUCAAUUUCAACGGUGAGAAAACAGUAGAAGGAAUUUUUGCACGCAAAGCAAACUGUGAAAAUGGUAAGGGAAGUAAUUUCCAAUUGGGGGAAAAUGUCCACCAGGGGAAUCAUGUCGAAAUGGAGAAGACAAAUCAAUGUAGUAACGAAGAACACACCAAAAUGGGGAGUGAAAAAGAAUACGUCCAAAUGAGCAGUGAAGAAGUACAUAACCCAAUGAGGAGUCUCGAAGACGAACCCUGCAGCGACACCUCAGGCGAAAGCGAAACAGAAGCAGAGUUAACAGAAGAUGUAAUUAACUUCAUCGAAAGUAUAAUUAAAAAACACAAAAUAGUUCUCUUCAUGAAGGGUACAGCUUUAAACCCAUUUUGUAAAUAUAGUAAACAAGCAAUACACAUCUUGAAGCUAAACAAAGUGAAAGAAAUUAGGACUGUCAACAUUUUGGAUGAUGAACAGUUGAGGAAAUCUUUAAAAAUUUACUCCGAAUGGCCCACCUUCCCACAGUUGUACGUAAAUGGGAAAUUCGUAGGGGGUAUAGAUAAACUGCAGGAAUUACAUGACGGAAAAAAGCUAAAGGGCAUCUUGGAGGAUGUGUAA